CAGCCCUACCUCACUCUCUCUCUCUCAUACACACACACACACACACACACACACACACACACACACACACUCCAGCUCUGCAUCCCUCUUCAGCUCUGGCUCUGGCUGCUUGUCGCCGCUCUCUGCUAGGGGAGUACAUUGCUCUACGCUCCCACAGAGAACACACUGAGAGCUGAGGGACCAGUCAGGAGGAACCAUAACCAGGAACUAGGAACCAGAACCAGGAACCAAUGAGAGCCACAGCUUAUCAGGCAGCAUUCAUUCCCAACACAGUUCUGUGCUCUACCCAGGAAUGGUUCUGUUGGGUACCAUGGAAUGGUCCUGUGCUCUAGCCAGGAGUGGUUCUGUUGGGUACCGUAAUUGGUUCUGUGAUCCACCUGAAGCCGGGUUUCCUCAGUGACCUUGCUGAUCUUAUAAGCAUGACAUACUUUCUGCUGAUCUCAUGAGCACAACAUACUUUCUGCUGAUCUCAUGAGCACAACAUACUUUCUGCUGAUCUCAUGAGCACGACAUACUUUCUGUUGAUCUCAUGAGCACGACAUACUUUUUGCUGAUCUCAUCAGCACGACAUAUUUUCUGCUGAUCUCAUGAGCACAACAUACUUUCUGCUAAUCUCAUGAGCACAACAUACUUUCUGUUGAUCUCAUGAGCACGACAUAUUUUCUGCUGAAGGAGUGAUGGCCCACAGGGCAUGAGACCUAGCUCUAUAGAUUAACUAUAUGAUAUUAGCUCUAUAAAUUUAACUCUAUAUACAGUAUAUGGCAUUAGCUCUAUAGAUGACAGUAGCUCUAUAUAUUAACUCUAUAUAUGAUAUUAGCUGUAUAGAUCGACUAUAUAUGACAUAAAUGCUAUGAAUUAACUCUAUGUGUGACAAUAGUUCUGUAGAUUAGCUCUAUAAAUAACAUGGGCUCUAUAGAUUAACUCUCUAUUACAUUAACUCUAAUGAUUAGCUCUAGAUGAAAUUAGCUCUAUAGCACAGAGCUAUUACAUUACAUCUAUAAAUGAGCUCUAUAGAUUACAUUAGCUCUAGACUAAGAAGAGACUAUUUGAGGAGUGAGGAGAGUAGAGUGAAGUGUGUGUGUGUGUGCGUACAGGGGUGCGUAGGGGGAGUUCUCUUUUCUCACUGCUCUCUUUACAGGCCCACCAGUGAAUGUAGCCAUGGCGAUAGAAGUGGCCAGCAUUGAUCAUAUUUCAGAAGCCAACAUGGACUACACCAUGACGGUGUUCCUUCGUCAGAGCUGGCGUGAUGACCGGCUGUCGUAUAACCACACUAAUAAGACUCUGGGGCUGGACAGUCGCUUCGUGGAUAAGCUUUGGUUACCAGACACCUUCAUCGUUAAUGCCAAGUCCGCCUGGUUCCAUGAUGUCACCGUGGAGAACAAGCUCAUCCGCCUGCAGCCUGACGGAGUUAUCCUCUACAGCAGCCGGAUCACAUCCACUGUGGCGUGUGAUAUGGACCUGACCAAGUACCCCAUGGAUGAGCAGGAGUGCAUGCUGGACCUGGAGAGCUAUGGCUACUCCUCUGAGGACAUUGUGUACUACUGGUCAGAGAAUCAGAAGCAGAUCCACGGGCUGGACAAGCUGGAACUCUCCCAGUUCACCAUCACCCACUACCGCUUCCACACCGAGACCAUGAACUUCAAAUCAGCGGGCCAGUUUCCGCGUCUCAGCUUGCGUUUCCAGCUGAGGCGGAACAGAGGCGUGUACAUCAUCCAGUCCUACAUGCCCUCCAUCCUAUUGGUUGCCAUGUCCUGGGUGUCCUUCUGGAUCAGCCAGUCAGCUGUGCCUGCCAGAGUCUCCCUGGGAAUCACGACUGUGCUCACCAUGACAACGCUGAUGAUCAGUGCCCGCUCGUCUCUCCCGCGCGCCACGGCCAUUAAAGCACUGGACGUGUACUUCUGGAUCUGCUACGUGUUCGUGUUCGCCGCACUCAUCGAGUACGCCUUCGCUCACUACAACGCCGACUACAGCAAGAAGGAGAAGAAGGACAAGACUGACAAGCAGAAUGCAGAGUCCAUAGUGAAGAACGGGAAGCAGGCCAUGGUUCUGUUCUCGCUGUCGGUGGCCGGGAUGAACCAGGGGCUGCUGAUCCAGAACCGACCACAGCGCGGGCAGCGGAGCGGCUCGGGCGAUGCAUCGGGGGCGGUGACGCCCGGCUCGGGGGUGGGGGAGGGCGAGACGUCCAGCCGCGGGAGCCGCUCCAGGAGGGGGGAGAGCGGCGAGGAGCAGAAGUGCUGCCGCUGCGCCUUCAAGCCCAUCGACGCCGACACCAUCGACAUCUACGCCCGUGCCGUCUUCCCCGCCACCUUCGCCGUGGUCAACCUCAUCUACUGGGUGGCCUAUACCAUGUGAGGGGGGGUGGGGGCAGGUUGACCUAUACCAUGUGAUGAUCUAUACCAUGGGUCAAGGGGGUGGCCUAUACCAUGUGUGUGUGUGUGUGUGGGGUUGAGGAUGAUCUAUACCAU